AUGGAGGCCAGUGGCGAAGGGAACUCAGCUGAAGGCGGCCGGCAGCUGCAGCCGAAUUUGUCCAUGGAGGAUCGCGCCUUUCUGGACGAGUUCGGACGCCGGAUCUCGCUGGCUGUGGGCUCUUCAGCGCUUUUGGGCGGCACCGGCUUCUAUGCACUUUCCAGGCAGCUGGGCUUCCGACGGCGGGGUCUGUGGACAUCGCUCGGUGCCACAUUGUGUCCGAGUCUCGCAUGGUAUGCCGUGGUCUCCACUGAGCGUGCCAGAGUGAUGGAUCUAGGAAUGGGGAGUCCUUCAGAGACCCAAGUACUCAACGACUUGACAGCCAAGACGGUGAACGACAUGGCCAAAGGCCUGGCGGAUUGCCUCCAGGAGCUCGAUUCCCUGGAAGCUAACGCCGGUCUGCCACAGCUUAACGAGCCAAUCGAGAAGGCAGAGACGUACUCGCUGCCGCAGCCUUGUGCAGGGGAGACGACCUUCAUGGGGGCAAGCCCCGGGACAGAGAGUUCCGAAGUUGCGGGCAUGACGGCCUCCGUUCUGCGGCCGUUUUCUGCUCAGCGGCGCUUUGCUGGCUCCGCGAGCCUAUGCUGGCGCGAAGACCGCGCCGUGCACGCCGCGCUGCCGAACUCCCGCGGGCGAGGACGCCGCCUUGGCCCAGGGCCAUGCUGCAUUGACAGCGGCGGUCGCCCUCACCUGGAGGGCUCUAAAGCUGCGAAAGCUGCGAGCGAAGAAGGUGCCGAGGUGCCCGACCCCGAGCUUGGAGGCGAUGCUGGUGCUGAAGGCGGCGCAGGCUCGCAGCCAACACUGCCUCCACCGUCGCAGCCUUCAAAUCUGGAGUCUAAUGCGACUUCCUCGGCCUCGCCGGCUUCGCCGGCGGCUUGGCCGGCGGCUUCGCCGGCUCACGGCGACUCCGUCGAGACCCCGCUUGAGACGGUGCCUGCGGUGCCCGUGGUGCCUGCGGUGCAAGUGUGCAUCCGUAUGCGGCCGCUGCUGGCAUGGGAGCGAGCUGAAGGCUACAAGGAAAGCGCCAUGGAAGUCAGGGAAAGCCCGAGUGGGGGCAUGGGCAUCUGCCUGCAAACGGAGGGUCGGCGAAAUCGGCACUUUCAGUUUAAUGCCGUGAUUGGCCCCGAGAGAUCUCAGCAGGAGGCCUGGGAUAUGUCCAAAAUCGACUCCGUUGUCUCCAAGGUUUGCAGGGGUUUCAAUGCCACGGUCUUCGCCUACGGACAGACGGGCACCGGGAAGACCUUCACUAUGGAGGGCUUCGACUACGACACGAGCCAGGCCGCCCCCUCAUUGAACGCCACCUCGGCGCGGCCGAGAGUCAAGGCUCGUUCCACGCCCUCGGAGCAGCUGGGCAUGGUGCCCCGAGCCGUGCGAGCGCUCUUCGAGAAGUUACAGACUCGUCGGUCUGAGCCGCCCGACGGAAUGAACGCAGCAAGCGGAGCUGACGGCUGUGGGGACGAACCUCGCGGCGUCUCCGGUGUCGUUGUCCGGGUGUCUUUUCUGCAGAUCUACAAGGAAAAGAUCUUCGACUUGCUCAAUCCAAUCUCGAGCGUGUCCCAGCGUGAAGCCGCGCGCGGUGGCGAGGACUUGGGCGGGCUUCGUAUGCGCUGGGAUGGCAUGAAGCGGCACUUCUUCGUGGAAAACCUGUUUCAGUACGAGUGCGGUUCAGCAGAAGAGGCUUUGCAGCACUACCAGGAUGGUAUCGCCAACAAGCAGGUGGCGUCGACCACCAUGAACGUGGCUUCCUCCAGAUCGCACACCCUCCUGGUUUUCACUGUGCUGCGAAGGGAGGGAUUGGAAUCUGGCCAGGGACGAGAAGUUGUUUCUCAGCUUUCUUUGGUGGAUCUGGCUGGCUCUGAACGGACCCUGGCCAGCACGGAUACGACCUCGAGUGGUGCUCGGUUUGUGGAGGCAGUUAAUGUCAAUCAAUCGCUGUUUGUCUUGCGGCGGGUGAUCACUGCUCUAAGCAAACGGGACAGCCAGAAUGUGACUGACCACACCCACGUGCCUUACCGCGAGUCAAAGCUCACAUCUCUGCUCCAAAACAGCUUGGGCGGCAACAGCUACUUGAUCAUGCUUGCUUGCCUCGCAGCAUCGGAACGGCAUGAUGAUGAGAAUCUGAGUACGUUGCAGUAUGCAUCUCAAGCUGCCUGCAUCAGGAAUGCGCCACAGGUCAAUAUUGAUCCCAAGGACCGAAAAAUCCAAGAGUUGGAGGCCAAACUGUCUGCCGCUCACGGAUACCUGCUUCAAGCUCUGUCUCUAACGGAGCUGCCAAGCGACUUGUUGGAGAAGGAAAGAGCAGCCGCUGUGAGCGCCGCUGGCGCCACUGGCAAGUUUAGACCUCCCAGAAAGGAUCGACAGCCACAGCCCCCGCAGCCUCCGCAGCCUCCGAGGGAGAAGAUGGAGAAGACGGCCCCUCUGCCCCCGCGCUCGCGCUUCGGCUCGAAGGAGAAGGUCGCAUCCCCGACGACCUCGACGGCCACAAGUUGGAGCAAAAGCGAAGAGGGGGAGCGAGGAGAGGCCGCAGUCACCCUGGGGGCCACUGCCACCGCGUUGGGAUCUCGCGUGGAACCUCGGAAGCAUCCAAAAGCCCCCAAGCCGCCGCGCAACGGCCCGACGAGCUCCCUCGGCGACCGUCUCGGCCUCUCUGCCCGAAAUCCACGUUCUUCCACCUUCUCACGGCUGCUUCAAGGCGAAAAGUCGCCGAGAAGCUCCGACUGGCCUUUCUUUGCCCGAAAGCCAAGGACCGAAGGUUCGGAGCUUUUCGCGGCGGUGGAGGAUGUGCUCCGCAGCUACGACGGGGCUUCUGAGGGUGCCGAACCCCGAAACCCUUGGGCGGCAUCGCUGCCUCCAAUGGCGAGCCGGCGGAAGGAGAGCGCAGCCAAUUCAGCUCGAAGGCCGUCGUCGUUGCCCCCUGUGGUCCCGGAGCUCGAGAUCGAAAUCGGAGGUGACUCUGCGCCAUUGCCACCUUUGCCCUGCAAGCUGUGGCCAAGAAAGCCCGAGGCACCCCUUGUCAUCUCGGAUGCCUCUGCUGCUUCCGGGCCGGAGUCCUUAGAGCCAGAGGCCACUGUUACAAGGGAGCAAGCAGACGAUGGUGGCUUUGAUCUGCCGGCUCCCACGGAAGAGGCCGGCAACACUGGAGCCAACGAUGAGGCACAGGAGCUGUCAACGUGCCGACGGGACCUUGUCGCAGCACAGCAGCGGCUGCAGGAGCUUGAGCUGGAAGCCAAGCAGAUGCCCACCGAGCUCACGAAGCUACGUGCAGAGAACACGCAGUUGAUGAGCGAGCUACAGGUAUUCUACAAGGCCAUGGAAAGCAAAGAGCCACAGGAUGCGACGAAGCAGCGGCUCGAGAAGUUCCACUCGCAGCUGGUCUUGGAGGCUGCAUCCCUUCGGAAUGAGGUGGCUGGCUUGAAGCGGAAGCGCUGGGUGAUCCAGGCCGUCUUGGCGAAUGGUGGGGAGAGCGAGGACCGUGUGAUCAAGGAGGAGCUCCAGAAGCUCCGCCAGAAGAAGAGCGAGGAGCAGCCGGAGAAUCCGGAGCCGAGCCCCAAAGGCUGA